AUGGGUACCUGCCAGAGUGCCGAAGAGAAACAAUUGGCAAUGAAGAGCAAGGCGAUCGAUAAGGAUAUGAUGCAGAGUCAUCUAUCACAACAGAAGGUCGUCAAACUGUUGCUGCUCGGUGCCGGCGAGUGUGGGAAGAGUACGGUGCUCAAGCAAAUGAGAAUCCUGCACGACCACGGCUUCACAGAAGAAGAAGCCCUCCAACAGAAGGGGGUCGUCUACAACAAUACAGUACAAGCCAUGGCCACCGUACUCCGAGCACUCCCACAGCUCAGUCUACAGUUCUCCGAUCCGGCUAGAGAGGCGGACGCGCGGAUCGUGCUGGACGUGCUGAAGGCGGGCCAGGAGUCCGAGCCGUUCAGCCCCGAGCUGGCGAAGGCGCUGAAAGCAUUGUGGAGUGACAAGACCGUUAGGGAUGCCUGCAAUCGGGGCAAUGAAUUCCAGCUCACCGAGAGUGCACCAUACUUCCUCGACAACCUGGAGCGAAUCUCGAUGCCCGACUAUAAGCCGUCAGAGCAGGAUAUUCUCCUGUCUCGGAUAAAGACCACCGGAAUCGUCGAGGUCAAGUUCCAGAUGAAGAAUGUCGAUUUUCGAGUCUUCGACGUCGGCGGUCAACGAUCAGAGCGAAAAAAGUGGAUCCAUUGCUUCGAAGACGUGAACGCCAUCAUUUUCAUCGCAGCCAUCUCCGAAUACGAUCAAGUGUUGUUUGAGGAUGAGACCACGAACCGUAUGAUCGAGUCGAUGCGCCUGUUCGAGUCGAUCUGCAACUCCCGUUGGUUCAUCAACACAUCAAUGAUUCUCUUCUUGAACAAAAAGGAUCUUUUUGCCGAGAAAAUUCAGCGCACGUCGAUCAAGAUUGCAUUUCCGGAGUAUAAAGGAGGCCAAAACUACGAUGAAGCCGUCGCUUAUAUCGAGGAGAAGUUCGAGGCGCUGAACGCCAACCCGGAGAAGACGAUAUACAUGCAUCAGACCUGCGCCACGGACACGAAUCAAGUGCAAAUGAUCCUCGACUCUGUCAUCGACAUGAUCAUCCAGGCCAACCUACAGGGAUGCGGUCUCUAC